UCGAUACAACUACACUGUACUAGUCUAAAAGUUCCCUCUUGCCUUCGCUAUAGCGGUAGCGGUAGACGUGGCCUGGCAUCCCGCAUUCCGAAAACAAUCACAGCUCUGCUGGGAAUAGUGACGGAUUCGGUGACCAUGGCGUAGUGUCAUCGUAGCCGUCAUCCGCCUGAUCGUUCCUUUACCCAAGGCAACAACAUCUCGUCGAAACAUCUCGAUCCUCUUCUCUCGUCGGCAACAUGGAGAACGAUUACUCUGAUAUCCGAGUUGUAGAGAAGGUGCGAGACGUCCUCAAAUGGCCCACCGAUACUGUGGAAAUUGAUUAUGUGGAUCCGAAUGACAGCUCCAAAGUAGAGUAUCCUCACACCAUUAUAGUUUUCUUUCCGGGGAAUCCUGGUCUUGUUGGGUGGUACAUACCGAGUCUCUUGAAUUUGGUGAAACGAGCAGGACGAGGCUUUGCUGCCAGAGGUGUGUCCUAUGCUGGCCAUGGAACACCAGAUGAUAUUGCCAAUGUGGAAAAAUGGCUCUCACGGAAGGAAGAACGGGAUACCGACCUAGCAUUCACUGUGGAUGGACAGAUUGUUCACAAGGAAAACUACAUGGAUAUGCUGGAACAAGAAAUGCUAGAGCAUCCCAACAAAAAGACUGCCUCACGACCACGCUACAUCUUUCUUGCCCACUCCAUUGGAUGUCACAUGAUUCAACGAUUGCUGAUCCGACGGAUGGAUAUCUUGCGACAAACAGAUCUGGUCUUGUACAUGAUGCCCUUUAGCCGCAUGAAAUCCCAUGCUUGGUCAGAGUAUUUGUUGUUCAAAUUGUCCGCUAUGCCUGAACCGGUCAUUGGGCACGCCCAAUCAUUGAUGAGGGUAUUGGCAGCCUUGCCCGUUCAUUUCUUGGAUACAUUGCUCAAGGGCGAUAUCACAUGUCCCAAUGGUCGACGCAUCACAGUAGACUUGUUACAACAGGUCCACUUUGGACGCAACUGGUUCGAGUUGGGCAUGGAAGAGGUCAGGGAUCUGCCAGAAGUUCCUGAUUUUCCAGCAUUUCGAAUCAUUGGAGAAUACUGUCCAAUAUGCAUCCUUUUUGUGGGAAACGACAAGUGGGCUCCAGAAUUUCAUAUCAAGGAUUUGGAAGACUUGCAAGCCAAGGGCGUGAUACCCAAGAACAUCCACACUGCCUACCUGCCACAACUUGUGCAUGACUACGUUGUUCGUCCUCACAUGGUCGUACCUGUGGAUGACUUUUGUUUUGACGCCAUUCAAAAGCACGUGCUGGAGGCAAGGAAUCCCCAGUCACGGCUGUGAGGAAACGGUGGAAAAAGAAUUCAUCAUGGCUGCUUACAAUGUAUAGUUUGUUAGCUAGCUAGCUAGUACAUGUAGAUACGGUAGCCCUUCCAAAGAUCCAAUAUGGAGGCUGCAUCUCUUCAAAGAAGUCGAGUCUCAGCGUUGCUUCACAG